ACAUAAAUAAGUAUAAGUUAUUCAGUCCGUGAAUAGGCCGGUCAUGUGAGCUUCCGUUUGUGAAUGUCAACAACCCUUUUAAAUGAUGAUUUGAUAGUUUGUCACUCAAUAUGGGGUGUUGCGAAAGUUGUUUAAACGGUCCGCCUAAAGACUAUGAUGCAGAUGGUCCGACAGAAAAUGAUCCAUUGAUAACACCAAAUCACGGCCAGUCCACAAAUCAACAUUUCAGAGAAUCACAGACAAUACCAAAAGUUCCAGAACCCACUCCUGAAGGUGAUGAGCGGUCAGCUUUGUCGAGAAUAUUACAUAAAACUGCUAGUGAUACAGUGGAUGUAUCGGCAGCAGAAGGAAGGGGAUUAGAGCAACAUGAAUACCAUGAUAAAGCAAGACAAUAUAGCAAUAGAGUAAAUAUGGUGCUAUCCAGUACUGGACGAGGAAGACAAUAUAAAAUGCCGUUACCAAAUGGUGUAAAUGCUCCACAAAUAGUCCUCGCAUCUCAACCUAUAUCCCUAGCUGAUAUAGAACUGAUUACGUCAGCGGCAUUGAAAGCAUCGCAAGCAUGUAAAGAAGUAAAAGUGGAACAUAAAGAGGACUUGGUAGUUCCGUUUGGUGUGCCAUAACGCAUUGUGUUACACUAGGAUAUUUAUAUCAAUUGUUGUGGCUGAGUGUAUAUAUGUGUAAGAGGGUGUGAGAUCAUUCAACAAUGUUCUCAUUCGUUAAAUGUGAUUUACAUUUUCAAUACUUUAUCAUGAAAUGUCCUUUUGUUUCUUUGGGAGUUUUUUUAUACCAAUACAUCAAAAGAAAAAUUGCUGUCAUUAUUAUGUUUAGAAUGAAUGAAUAUCAAAAGCUUGUACGAAUGCUGUUUAACUUUAAAAAAAUCAUUAAGUCUUGCCAUAAAUGUUUGAAAAUGCUACAGGUCUCAUGUAUUUGUAAAACUUAUUGCAAAUCUUUGAAAUGAAAAACUAUGAAAUCAUCUGUAGAAAUUUAGUUAAAUAUAUGUAGCAGUGUUGCUAUAAUACAUUUAACUAUAUAAUAAAGAAAAAUGUCAAAUUUGUGAGGAAUAAAGAAAAAGUAAUAGCUUAAAUAUAUAUAUUUAACUUAACAAUGUGAGAUGAUGAUUUGAUAUAGUAAUAUCAGUCACUGCUUAUUCAUAUCAAUAUUUUCAUUUCUGAUGCAAACUUUAACUCGACCUGCACUUGCACUUUUUGCUUGUGUAAACUUGUAUCCAUUUAUUUUGCUGAAUUUUCGUCAUUUCGUUGUAAAAUAAACUUUUGGAUUGAUUCAUAAUAUGAGCCGCGUCACGACAAAACCAACGUAAUGCGUUUGCGACCAGCAUGGAUCCAGCACAUCCGCGCAGUCUGAUCAGGAUCUAUGCUGUUCGCUAUCAGUUUCUAUACUUGUUAUACGGGUCGUAAGUGAGCAGCAUGGAUUCUGAUCAGACUGCGCUGAUUCGCAGGCUGAUCUGGAUCCAUGCUGGUUGCAAACCCAUUACGUUGGUUUUGUCGUGACGCGGCUCAAAUUAUUUUUUAAAACUCACAUUCCAAUCUGAAAUUUUUUUAUUUUUUUUCAAUAUUUAGAACAAAUACAUUUUGUAGGAAUAAUCUUGAUUUGAUAGAAUAAGUUUCAAAGAAUAAGUUUUGUAAGUUUCCUUACAUAUUUUGUUUCAGUUCAAGUUUAUAGAAUGAUUUGAUGGUGGUAUCUAUGCUUUUUGUUUAUGUGAAUUAUUUUAUCAAAUAUUCUGUAUGUUUGUUACUUGUUUAAGUUACCUGUGUGUGUUUUUUAUUCUUUCUAUAAUUUAAAAUACUCAUUAUUAUAGUUUGUUAUCAAGAGAGAUAACUACAGUCGGUAAUGGUGCCUGUGACGUAAACCAACAUUUGGCAUUAUAUUACAUUCAUCUAUAGGUGUGCAGUCAAACAAAAAAUAAAAACAAAGAGUACCCAAGAAAUAUUUUUUAAAACAAAAACUGUGUUGGAGAGACCAACACUAUUUGUUUUCUUAUUUUUACCAUGUCUGUUUCAAGAAAAAGUCCAGCUAAUGUGAUUGUUGCGGUGUGGUGGUCAUCGUUGCCAUCAUGCAAAAGCUUGAAUGUAGCCCUUUUUUUGAAAUAUUUCAAAAGUUAUCAACAUGAAACAUAAAAUACUUGGUUAUCAUGACAAUGUGCAAUUGUUAGACAAGGGGCAUUAUUCUUAAAGCUUUAUGUUUGGAGUUAUGGGACAUAACAUUUUAAGUUGGAAUUUUUAACAGACGAGUCUUAACACCACAUGCAGUGCUGUUGUUAAUCUCUCAAUCAAUAUAUAUGUCAGGUGAAAACAUAAUGAUUUAAUUUAUUUGUCUUGGCUAGAAUGUUGCAUAAAGUGUAUAUUGAAAUUAUAUUUGCAGAUACCUAAAAGUAUCUUUCAGUAUCAAUUCACCUGCAGAACUGAUUACCUAUAUGACAAAGUCAAUGUUUUACGUAAAAAUCAUUCAGAGGGUAUUCUUUUUAUGGAUGUACAUGAUCCUUUGUAAUAAAUGAUGUUUAAUGUAAGCCUUUGAGUUGAAGAAAAACACUUGUCUUUAAGCAAGUUAUCAUAAUGAAUAUAAUAAUAUUCAGUGAAAUAUAUUAAAGGCAGCUUAAAUUCUUACAUUUAAAGCAAGACUUCAACCUAUGUUUAUAUUUUCCUUAUAAAACUACUCUUUAAUCAUGUUUUUUUGUAUGCUAAAAUGUUAAUUUCAUUGUUGAUAGAUUUAUUCUGUACCCAUGCACUUUGUAUAAACAUCCAGCCAAAUAAGUCAUUAAUAUUUUAUUGCCUAGUAUCACAGAAAAUGAUCGAUCCUGUAAGAUUUCAGAGUUUAAUGUCAGCAUUUUAAUUUUUGUCUUACAUUAUUAUUUUUGUAUGGGAGUUUAAAAUGGGCUGUUUUGCUAGAUUGCUAGAUAUUUUGUGUGUUAUACAAAUUUUAAGAUGAUAUCGCCAUUAUGAAAAUGCACUUUUGUUCAAAAUACGGUUUACAUUAAAGGGUAUGAAGCUAUAUCUAUUGAAAUAUUUUUAUAAAAUUUAAAAACAGUAGAAAUAGUUGUUUCCAUAAUCUCAUUGUCAGUUCCCAAAAGAAUUGUAACAUAGAAUGUUUCCUAUUAUUUAAUGCACAUGAAUAUUAUAUGUUAACAGUAGAGAACAAAAUUUUAUUCUGCAGUUUAAAACAGUGUUUUACCCGUUCAGCAAUGAUUUCGUGCAU